AAGGCUGCCUUAGCUGAAUUUAUUUGCGUGAUUACUUUUGUUUUUCCCGCUGAAGGCUGUGCCUUAGUUUUCUCCAAGAUGAUCACGACUGGAGAUCCAGCCAAUGGGCUAAUUUCGGCAUCGAUAUCCCAUGCAUUUGCUCUUCUUACAGCAGUUUCAGUGGGAGCAAACAUAUCUGGAGGUCAUGCAAGCCCCGCUGUUACCUUUGGUGCAUUCGUCGGAGGUCACAUUACCUUUUUCAGGAGUGUCAUGUAUUGUAUUGCUCAAUUACUUGGAUCCGUUGUGGCUUGCUAUCUCCUCAAGAUUGCUACUAAUGGUUUGGAAAUAUCACCAUACCCUCCACAAUUACCUUGGAAUGCAGUUAUUUUAGAGAUAGUGAUGACCUUCCUCCUUGUUUACACAUAUUAUGCAACUUCAUUUGACCCCAAGAAGGGUAACAUGGGAAUCAUUUCCCCAAUUGCAAUUGGUCUCAUUGUUGGUGCCAACAUCUUGUGUGGUGGUGCCCUUUUUGGCGCAGCAAUGAACCCUGCUAUUGCCUUUGGUCAAGCAAUGAUUAGCGGGAUAUGGACCCAUCAUUGGGUCUAUUGGCGUUGGUAUAUGAACUUAUUUCGUUUACGGCUCUUCCCAUCACUAAUCACUAAGUGGCGUUUGGUUCAUGGUUAA